AUGGUUCCUACACCUGGUGAUGAUGUCAUCCUGCCGUGCUGCUUUGACUCUCAGGAGGAUCUGCAGGAUCACAUCGUGGAGGGGAUCAUAGUGGACAUGAAGUCUGAUGUUGUGUUUCUGUACUGGAACAGGCAGAUCAUAACUGAACACAUGAAGGAGUCGUUUAUCCUGAGAGUGUCUCUGGACCAAGACGGACUAAAACGAGGAGACGUGACGUUAAAGAUCAGGAACGUGUCGCUCCAGGAUGAGGGGAAGUACAGCUGCUUCAUUCCUGGGAAGAACUUCAGGGAGACGGUUCAGCUGGUUGUUGAGCCAAACGGAGUCAGAGCUCCAACCAUGGAAACAUCCCAGGUUGACAUCAUCUCCACUCCAGAUCCAGGAGGAGACCGGAUCUGGAUCAGUCGCUCCAGACCGGCUCUCUGGAUCCUUCUUGGACUUUUUCCCUCAGUGAUCCUCUCUGCUGUUUGUGUUUGUGUCUGUCAGAGGAAACAACCAGAAGGUCAGAAUCCUCCUCUGGUCUGAAGACAUCCCAUCUCUCCAAAGCUGCUUUGCUCGUCUUCAAGGAUUGAAGAGACUUUCUGAAGCUGCAGCCACAUGGAGACGCUACACGCCCGUCACCGCUGUGUUACCGUGGAUGGAAACUGGUCCAUGAAGAUGUGACGAUCCUCUGGUUCUGACCCGUUUCUGUCUGAUGGUUGGAACUCCUUCAUUUAUCUGGAGAACCUUCUGGAGCUGUUUCUGCGGUUCUCAACUCCUGAACUCUGAAGGUGUGCUGGAUCACCGUAAAGUCUGAAGGUCUGAGGUUCAGGACGAUGUUUGUGGAUCUCAGUGGUUUGAAGUGUUGAUCCAGGUUGAUCUGAAGUGUUGAGAGUUUGUUUCAUGUUCUCCUUCAGGAACCGACCCACAGCAGGUCUGUUCAGGUUCCUGUGGUUCUUGGUGUUCUUCUAGACAACAUCAAAGGUGUCUGUGAGCUAAAAUGUUGGAAGUUCUACCAGAACAAAGUGAAAUGAACACAGACAGACAGUUGAAACCUGAGAGUCUCAGGGUUUUUUCAAACUGAAAGUGACCUCAAGAGGUCGUGUCAUAAAGGGGAGAUAUUGUGUUGUCUGAAAGAAUAACACGUCCCUGAUAAUUAUCA